GUUUUUCCUCCUGCAGCCAGCUGCAGGCUGUCCUUUCCAGCUCCGGGCAGCCUCGGCGCUCUCAGGUCCCCAGAGCAGCCGCCAUCUCUCCUUCAAGCCCGCAGCCGUCGGCCCCGGCCCGGUGCCGGCCUGCAGCAAGCAGAUCCGUACGAAGGCGCGCGGCAACGAGUACCAGCCCAACAACCGCAAGCGCAAGCGGACCCACGGCUGGAUCAAGCGCAUCAGCACGCCGGGCGGCAUCGAGGUCAUCCUGCGGCGGAUGCUGAAGGGCAGGAAGUCUCUGACCCACUGA